UUUGAACGCGCUUUUCUAACUCUUUUCCACUCAACUAAAUUCCGCGAAAUUUUAAAUGCAAGGGAAAGAGAAUAACCAUUUCAUCAAGCUCUCCCACAUAUUUUACCUCUCUUUAGCAGAAUCCCAUGCAAUAAUUUAGUUGAAAACUGAAGAGAGAUGAUGUCGUCUUCGCGAGAUAAUUGGGAGAGGCUGGUGGCGGCGGUGUUGAAGAGAGAUGAGAUACGCCAACUCUGCCACCAAAACUCCAUCUCCACCACGUCAUCCGAUAGUCCGAGAACCUCUACUUCCAGUGGAGAUCUUUCCAGAAUUCUGGGCAACAUAUUGAAGCGUAUACCCGUAUCACCACCGCAUCAACCGCCGCUUAUUAGCGCUCCUGGCCUCGAAGCUGGGAAAAAUGCUUCUGGACCUAUUACAAGGAAGCUAUUUUCUGCUUCGCUUUGGAGGAGGAAACCGAAGGACUACAAUCUGGGCCAAGGUUUGGUUGGCAUUCCUGAGGAUCAUUUUGGACUUGGGAGCUUUUUGCUGCGCGAGCUACUUGUUGCGACAGACAAUUUUAGCAACAACAAUGUCGUUGGACAUGAUCGACUUGGUAAAGUGUAUAAAGGCCGACUAGCAGAUGGCUCUCUAGUACAAGUUACAAGAAUACGACGACAAGAAAUUGAGAUAAAUUUGGAAAUUACAAGCAUUGCUGCUGCACAUUGUAAUGUACUUCGUGCUCGUGGAUUUUGCUUUACGCAAAAAGAGAAGCUGCUCGUUUAUCCUUUCAUGGUUAAUAAAAGCGUGGAGUUCUGGUUAAGAGAAAGAAAUGAGCCACUGCCUCCCCUUGACUGGCCAACGAGGAGAUAUAUAUCACUUGGGGCUGCAAAGGGUCUAGCUUACUUGCAUUAUAGCAGGGGAAUCGUUCAUCAUGAUGUUAAAGCUGCAAAUAUAUGGUUGGAUGAGAACUUUGAAGCAGUUGUUGUUGACUUAACUUUGGGCGAAUUUGUCGAUUGCUGCGAUAAUGAUAUUGUCUUUCCAUUAAAAGGAACACUUGGUCAUAUAGCUCCUGAGUACCUUGCUACUGGUAAGUGUUCGGUGAAAAUUGAUGUUUUUGGUUAUGGGAUCUUUCUUCUUGAGCUCAUCACAGCACAGAGAGCUCUUGAUCUUGCUCGUCUUGCCGAUGAUAAUGGCAUGAUGUUCCUAGAUUGGGUAAAUGAAAUUUACAAGGAAAAAGAAUGGAAAGUGAUUGUUGAUGCAGAACUUCAAGGUAAUUUCAUAGAUGAAGAGGUUGAGCAGUUGUUGCGAAUAGCUCUGCUCUGCACACGAACUGAUCCAAAGCAUCGUCCGACGAUGUUGCAAAUUGUGAGUGUGUUAAAAUCUGCAUGUAGAUUGGCUGAGAUGGAGGCAGAGUGGUUUAUGGACGAUAUCGGAGGAGAUACUUUGGAACGUCAAUAUGUCGAGGAUUUUGCUCUGGAUAAACUACAGGCUGCAAUAGAGGAUUUUAGCGACAAAAUAAUCAGUGAAGAUGGUUUUAAUAUUAUCUACAAAGGCUUUUUAGAUGGCUCUCCUGUCGCAGUUGAAAGAUACAAUUCUCAAAGUCUAGAAUAUUAUUUCGAAAAAGAAUUGGAGAUUGGCAGAACUUGUUUUCAUCCAAAUUUAGUCCGUGUGAUUGGAUUUUGCAAGACUCCAGAAGAACGACUGCUUGUUUUCCGGUUGAUGGUCAAUGGAAGUGUCGAAUCAUGGUUAAGGGGGAGACAUGAAUCGCGGCCUCCUCUCACUUGGCAAAAAAGAAAAAGGAUAGCACUUGGUGCAGCAAGGGGUCUAGCUUAUUUGCAUGAAAAAUGUGAAAAGAAAAUCAUUCAUCGCGAUGUCAAAGCUGCAAAUAUAUUGUUAGAUGAAAACUUUGUAGCAGUCGUUGCUGACUUGAAGUCAGCCAAGUUCAUGGACCACAGCAUGACUCAUAUUACCACAACCGUGACAGGAACAAUUGGUCAUAUAGCUCCCGAGUACCUUGCCAGUGGUAGGUGUUCGGAUAAAACUGAUGUUUUUGGUUAUGGAGCAUUUCUUCUUGAGCUCAUCACAGGGCACAGAGCUGUCGAUCUUCUUGAAGUAGCCGAUGAGGAAGAUAGGCUGCGUGCUGAUUGGGUAAAAAAGAAUUACGAAGAGGGAAGACGGAAAUUGAUGGUUGACAAUGAUAGUGGUGCAGGCGAUUUCAUGGACGCAGUGGUGGUGAAACAGCUGGUGAAAAUAGCUGUUCUCUGCCUAGAAGACGAUCCCGACAGACGUCCGAGGAUGUCGCAUGUUGUGAGUAUGUUGUGGUGUGGCUGAGAGGUCCGACCAGCUCAAGGUUCGAAAAAGAGGUCGGAGAAGAAGAGUAUGAUGGCAGUUCUAGUCUGGUGAAGAACUAUCUGACCCAAGAUGAUCAUAUAUGCAAUAUUUCAAGAAUUCAUUGCAAGAAAGUUCACCAACUGAUUUUUGUAACGAAAAACUAUGCAAGUCUGUAAUAUAUUAUCUCUGCAAGUCUGUAAUAAAAAAUAAACAUAAAAAAUUUGUACAUUUCUUUAAAGGUUUUGCUUUUUUCU